CUUUUAUCUUCACAUCCAUUUGUGCUUUCUUCUCCACACGAUCAUCUCCCGCUCUUCCUCUUAGUCUAUUUCUUCUUCUUCUAUUCUCUCUGGGUUUCCUUUGUUGAUCAACCAUGGCUCUUCAGUCCAUGGUUCCUCUGUCACAGCUUCUCUAUUCCAAUGGCCUCGCAGCCGGUGUUUCGCCUUCACCAGUGAAGGCAAGUCCAGUUUUCGCGGCACAAAGAGGACUUUUGUUCGCAGAUUUCGCAUGUCUGUGUUGUAAAUCGAAGCGGACGAGACGGAGAAUCGGAGGGGUCCGGAAAGGUCAGGGAUCGUUACCGAGGAGCUGGUCGUCGGUGAAAGCAGUUCUUGACGUGGAACGCAUCGACGUUGUUCCGAAGGAUUCUAUUGAUCUCAUUCGACAUAACGAAACGAAGGUUUCAAACUUGGAAGAUAUUAUAUCAGAGAGAGGAGCUUGUGGAGUUGGAUUCAUUGCAAACUUAGAAAACAAAGCAUCAUAUGAGAUUGUGAAGGAUGCUCUUACAGCCCUUGGCUGCAUGGAACAUCGUGGUGGAUGUGGGGCAGAUAAUGACUCUGGCGAUGGUGCUGGACUGAUGACUUCGAUUCCUUGGGAUCUGUUCAACAAUUGGGCCAAUACACAAGGGGUUGUUUCUUUUGAUAAGUUACGCACUGGUGUGGGAAUGAUAUUUCUUCCCAAGGAUGAAAACUCUAUGAAAGCAGCCAAAAAAGUUAUUGCAAAUAUCUUUAAAGAAGAAGGUCUUGAGGUACUUGGAUGGCGACCUGUUCCUGUUAAUAUGUCUGUAGUUGGUUACUAUGCAAAACAAACCAUGCCCAACAUACAGCAAAUAUUUGUAAAAGUUUCAAAGGAAGAGAACAUUGAUGAUAUUGAAAGGGAACUGUACAUCUGUCGGAAGUUGAUUGAAAGAGCAUCCAAGUCAGAAAAGUGGGGUGAUGAGCUUUAUUUCUGUUCUUUGUCCAAUCAAACUAUAGUUUACAAGGGUAUGCUUCGCUCUGAAGUUCUGGGGCAAUUUUAUUCUGACCUCCGGCGUGAUCUUUAUAAAUCUCCUUUUGCCAUCUACCAUCGGCGAUAUAGCACAAACACUAGCCCCAGAUGGCCACUUGCACAGCCUAUGAGGUUACUUGGCCAUAAUGGAGAGAUCAAUACAAUACAGGGGAACUUGAACUGGAUGCAAUCUCGAGAAACUUCACUCAAGUCUCCUGUUUGGCGUGGUCGUGAAAAUGAAAUAUGUCCUUUUGGAAACUCGAAGGCAUCUGACUCGGCGAACCUUGAUAGUGCAGCUGAAUUGUUACUAAGAAGUGGCCGCAGUCCAGAGGAAGCUCUCAUGAUUCUCGUUCCAGAGGCAUACAAGAAUCAUCCUACUUUGACGAUAAAAUAUCCAGAGGUUGUUGAUUUUUAUGACUUUUACAAGGGUCAAAUGGAGGCUUGGGAUGGCCCUGCUUUACUCUUAUUUAGUGAUGGAAAAACAGUGGGUGCUUGUCUUGAUCGAAAUGGCCUUCGCCCUGCUAGGUAUUGGCGGACAGUAGACAAUGUUGUCUAUGUUGCUUCUGAGGUUGGCGUCCUGCCAGUGGAUGAAUCAAAAAUCACAAUGAAAGGCCGUCUAGGUCCAGGAAUGAUGAUAGCUGUUGAUCUACAAAAUGGCAAGGUUUAUGACAACACGGAAGUUAAAAAGCGAGUGGCAUCAUCAUAUCCAUAUGGAAAGUGGUUGAAUGAAAACAUGCGAUCCUUGCAGACUGUCAACUUUCUUUCCACCUCAGUUAUGGAUAAUGAGGCAAUUUUAAGAUGCCAACAGGCAUAUGGCUAUUCAAGCGAGGAUGUCCAGAUGGUUAUUGAAACCAUGGCUGCUCAAGGGAAGGAGCCUACGUUUUGCAUGGGUGAUGAUAUUCCAUUGGCCGUACUGUCUCAGAAGGCACACAUGCUUUAUGACUAUUUCAAGCAAAGAUUUGCACAGGUUACCAACCCAGCUAUUGACCCCCUUAGGGAAGGAUUAGUUAUGUCUCUUGAAGUCAACUUAGGGAAGCGUGGAAACAUCCUAGAGGUUGGACCAGAAAAUGCUGCACAGGUUAUUCUGUCUAGUCCUGUGUUGAAUGAAGGGGAGCUUGAGUUGUUGAUGAAGGAUCCGUUCCUGAACCCUCGAGUUUUACGAACAUUUUUUGAUAUCAGGCAAGGGGUUGAGGGUUCCUUAGAAAAGACGAUAAAGAAACUAUGUGAAGCUGCUGAUGAAGCUGUUCGAAGUGGUUCACAACUUCUUAUUCUCUCUGACCGCUCUGAGGAGCUGGAACCAACCCGGCCUGCUAUCCCUAUUCUUCUUGCUGUUGGUGCAGUUCAUCAGCAUCUAAUUCAAAAUGGCUUGCGGACGUCGGCUUCUAUUGUUGCUGAAACCGCUCAGUGCUUCAGCACCCAUCAGUUUGCUUGUUUAAUUGGAUAUGGUGCCAGUGCUGUGUGUCCAUACUUGGCAUUGGAAACUUGUCGCCACUGGCGUUUAAGCAACAAAACCGUGAAUUUGAUGCGAAAUGGGAAGAUGCCUACUGUUACAAUUGAGCAGGCACAAAAGAACUUUUGCAAGGCAGUUAAAUCUGGACUUCUCAAAAUACUUUCCAAAAUGGGCAUCUCUUUGCUUUCCAGUUAUUGUGGGGCACAGAUAUUUGAGAUUUAUGGCUUGGGAAAAGAAAUUGUGGAUCUUGCAUUCUGUGGAAGUGUUUCCAAAAUUGGUGGGCUGAGUCUUGAUGAGUUGGCUCGGGAAAGCUUGUCUUUCUGGGUGAAGGCUUUCUCAGAGGAUACAGCUAAGAGAUUAGAAAAUUUUGGAUUUAUACAGUUCAGACCCGGAGGAGAAUAUCAUGGUAAUAACCCGGAGAUGUCAAAACUGCUACAUAAAGCAGUUCGCCAAAAGAGUGAGAGUGCCUAUUCGGUCUAUCAGCAGCACCUGUCUAACCGACCUGUGAAUGUACUUCGUGAUCUUAUUGAGUUUAAAAGUGACCGGUCCCCGAUACCAGUGGGAAAGGUUGAACCUGCAGUUUCCAUUGUUCAGCGCUUCUGCACUGGUGGUAUGUCACUAGGAGCAAUUUCAAGAGAAACUCAUGAAGCAAUUGCAAUUGCAAUGAAUAGACUUGGUGGAAAAUCUAAUUCAGGAGAAGGUGGUGAGGAUCCUAUUCGUUGGAAACCACUUACAGAUGUCACCGAUGGUUACUCUCCAACACUUCCACAUCUCAAAGGUCUUCAGAAUGGAGACACUGCCACAAGUGCAAUCAAACAGGUUGCUUCAGGGCGUUUUGGUGUCACUCCGACAUUUUUGGUCAAUGCUGAUCAGUUAGAAAUCAAAAUUGCGCAAGGUGCAAAGCCUGGGGAAGGUGGACAGUUGCCUGGGAAAAAAGUUAGUGCAUACAUUGCCAGACUGAGAAACUCUAAACCUGGGGUUCCACUUAUAUCUCCACCUCCACAUCAUGACAUUUAUUCUAUUGAAGAUCUGGCACAGUUAAUUUUUGACCUUCAUCAGGUCAAUCCUAAGGCUAAGGUAUCUGUUAAGCUUGUAGCAGAAGCUGGGAUUGGAACUGUUGCUUCUGGUGUUGCAAAGGGUAAUGCUGAUGUAGUACAGAUAUCAGGGCAUGAUGGGGGAACUGGAGCCAGCCCCAUAAGUUCUAUUAAGCAUGCUGGUGGUCCUUGGGAACUUGGACUCACAGAAACACACCAGACGCUCAUUGAAAAUGGACUUAGAGAAAGGGUUAUUCUCAGAGUUGAUGGUGGCUUCAAAAGUGGGGUUGAUGUUCUAAUGGCUGCAGCAAUGGGUGCUGAUGAGUAUGGGUUUGGUUCUGUGGCAAUGAUUGCUACCGGAUGUGUUAUGGCACGUAUCUGCCACACAAAUAAUUGCCCUGUGGGUGUUGCUAGUCAGAGAGAAGAACUACGUGCCCGUUUCCCUGGUGUGCCAGGUGAUCUUGUCAACUACUUUUUGUAUGUUGCUGAGGAGGUCAGAGGCAUCUUAGCACGACUGGGAUAUGAGAAGAUGGAUGAUAUAAUUGGACGGACAGACUUAUUAAAACCACGGAAUAUGUCAUUAAUGAAGACUCAACAUCUUGAUCUCAGUUACAUUCUCUCAAGUGUGGGGCUUCCAAAGUGGAGCAGCACUGCUAUUAGGACUCAAGAUGUUCAUACUAAUGGUGUUGUUCUAGAUGAUACUCUUCUUUCAGAUCCAGAGAUAUGUGAUGCAAUUGAGUAUGAAAAAGUGGUCAACAAAACCAUAAAAAUCUACAAUGUGGACCGUGCUGUUUGUGGCCGUAUAGCUGGUGUGGUUGCAAAGAAGCAUGGGGACACAGGUUUUGCAGGGCAGCUCAACAUAACAUUUAUGGGAAGUGCUGGACAAUCAUUUGGAUGUUUCUUGACUCCUGGGAUGAACAUUCUACUAGUUGGGGAGGCUAACGACUAUGUUGGAAAGGGUAUGGCUGGAGGUGAGUUGGUCGUAACUCCUGUUGAUAAUACUGGGUUCUGCCCAGAGGAUGCAACUAUAGUGGGGAACACCUGUCUCUAUGGGGCAACAGGUGGUCAAGUUUUUGUCAGAGGAAAAGCUGGGGAACGUUUUGCUGUGAGGAACUCUCUUGCUCAAGCAGUGGUAGAGGGAACUGGAGACCAUUGUUGCGAGUACAUGACUGGAGGUUGUGUGGUUGUACUAGGAAAAGUGGGAAGAAAUGUAGCUGCUGGAAUGACGGGUGGUUUGGCAUACAUUCUUGAUGAGGAUGAUACCCUCAUCCCCAAGGUAAAUAAGGAGAUUGUAAAAAUUCAGAGACUAACUGCCCCUGCAGGGCAGUUGCAGCUCAAGAACCUCAUAGAAGCCCAUGUUGAAAAAACUGGGAGCAACAAAGGCUCUGCCAUUCUGAAGGAUUGGGAAAGAUAUUUGCCUCUCUUCUGGCAGCUUGUUCCACCUAGUGAAGAAGACACACCAGAGGCCUGCGCAGAGUUUGAGCAAACAGCAGCUGGACAGGUGACAUUGCAAUCUGCUUAGGACAAUUAUGUGAAUUGACGCCAAGAGUUUCCAGUAGUCACUACUUCCUGCUUAGUCUGUUAAUCCUGAUGACGGCAAAGGGGUUGAAUUCAAUUUUGGCAAUUCCUGAUACAUGACUGUUGAGAAUCAGAUUACUUUAUGUGAUCACAUGUACCUAAUUGUAGAAAUGGAACGAAAGGUUUGUUAAUGGAGGGGUUGGAGAUGCAAAUUUUCCUCAAAUGGUUCAUACUUCCAGUAUGACCUGGCAGUUGUAAAAUAAUGCUGCCACACCAUUCCAACUGUAAAGUUUGGGUAGUGACAGUUUCUUUUCAUAGCCAACGGUUGCUGGUUGUGACAAUAAUGGAGACCAUCCUGGCUUCUUGUAAAUACUUGUUACUGUUUAUAUAAUUUAAGCUCCAUAUCCAUUACCUUUCAAUAGAAAUUCCUCAUACUGA